AUGGCGCAGUGCACCUCUGGACAGAGCGUUCUUCUCGGCUUUAAAGAUGCACCUCUAGAAUGUCACACUUCCUCUUCGGACAUCAGUAAAAUAGGUGGUCUCCCGGUAAGGUCACAGUGGUAAACAUAUUGCGUAUUUAAACUAAAAUUUGCCACUAAACUACUAAUACUACUGAAAAACUCCUGUCGUUUUUUUUUUUUUUCUCUCAAACAUGUUGUGUUCUUAAUGGAAUACUCCCAGCCUCUUAAUAACUUUUGACAAAUAAUCACAUUUUUCUUUGCAUUUUUUUUUAAAUCCUAAAAGAAACACUACAGCAUUAGGAAUACAAGUCCCUGUCUCUACUGUGUUUCAGGUCCCCCCCCCUGAUGCACUAACAUUUAAAAAAUAGUCUUACUUUUUUCCUCCACACUGCUCACCUCUCAUGACAUGACAGAGAAGGCAUGGCCACCUCCACUGAUGCCCAAUCCAAUGCUCUUCAUAGAGGGGACCUAAUGUACAUGCCAAGCAAGUGCCACGCAUGCUUUCAAACUUCCCAAUGGGAAAGCAGUGACUCAGUUAUACUUGUUCAGUGCUGAGGAACCAUCUCUAGAGGCUGGCAUACUGACAGGCACUAGAGGUGGAUGUAAUGGUUGACAUUGCAGGAAUAAGGGGACAGGGACACUGCACCCAGACCACUUCAAUGAGACAAAGUGGUUUGGGUGACUACAGUGUUCCUUUAAAGGGGCAUAUGAAUCAGAUGACUCACGUGAUUGUUUCUCAUUAUAAAUGUAUUCCUCCCCACUACUGGAAGCCAGUCUGCAUUUGCCUCUUUAGUAUGGAGAAGUGAGAAUUUCUAGGCAGAAUUGCCACAUGCUUAAAAAGAAAAAAAAACUCACCGUUAAAAUAAUCUACUAGCAAUUAUAAUAUCUAAAUAUUGCUUUUUUUCUCUUAAAUAUAAGCAAUUUUUAGGAGGAAAAAAUUUUGAGGUUAUCAGAGCCACUUAAAAAUGUAUCUCUUUUUGGCAGGAUGUUCCUUCACAAGUAAUGCUGACCUUCCCGUCAUGCCCACUGUGUUCUGCUGCCCUCUGCCUUGUUACGCAGUUGUACUGCCCCCUUGAAGCUUCAGUCUUUCAUCGUGUCAUCCAUGUAUUUGCUUGCUGCAGAAAGCCGUGUUGGGGGAAGCAUGAAAGGUAAUGUACCAAGCAUAUAAGCUACUAAUGCAAUCAAUAUUGGCUGAUGGGGGUGAUUACUGCAGGGCUGGAAACAUUUUCUUGGAAUCUAGAAGCCAGCUAAAAAGGUUAGAAGCCAGGUUUUUAACUGUCAAAAAUACAAUUCAUGAAGGGACACUAUAGUCCCCAGAACCAUUACAGCUUAAUCUAAUUGUUCUGAGGUCUAUAUCCUGUCCCUGCACGCUUUUCAUUGUAAACACUACCUUUUUAGACAAAAGGUAGUAUUUACAUUGUCACUAGAGGUGUUACUAGGCAGCAGUCACUCAGACGGCCUCUAGAGGUGCUUCCUGGGUCAACACCUACAUCAGCUCUCACCGUAGGGAUGCACUGAUUCAAUGCUUCUCUAUGAGAAGUUGAUUGGUGCAGCGUGACGCUGUGCUGUGCAUGCACAAUAGUCUCCCAAUGCUUUCCUAUGGGGGAAGCAUUAAAUUGACUGAGAUUGUCAAGAUUAAUGAUCUAAGCAAUGGAGGUGGGGCCAGCUGUGGCGUCACCAGCAUGGCGAGGGGAAAAAAGGUGAGUAAAAACACCUCUCCCAUGUGAUUAGAGGGAGGCAGGUCACUAAACAUGACAGACACCUACAUACUCACUGAUAGACACAGACAGACACACACACUCAGACAGUCAAAGACCGACACACCCACUUACUCAGACACACACACUGACAGACAGACACUGAUAUUGCAACACUCACUCUCAGAUUAUUUGUUUUGUUUUAAUGUGUCCACCCAGCCUCCCUACUUUUGGGAGAGCUGGAGUGGAUCAGUUUCCCUGGAGUCAAGUGGGGCUGCUGUCAUCUCCCUGCUCUGCUCCCUCUCGCACUGUUUAGUGAUGUGGGGCUCGAGUGACUUCAUAUUACGACCUCGGCAUCACUGGUGGGCAUGUGAGGGAGCAGAGCAAGGAGAGGAAAGCUCCCUCGCCCCCUUUGUGCUCAGUAAGCCGCCCACCAGCAUGCUUCACUCGGCUCUGCAUGAGCCCGUCUGCCUGCCUCCAUCCCUCAGCUCCUCCAUGAGUCGGCCACCCACCCCUGCUCUCAGGCAGCCGGUCAACUCGGGGGCUCACAAAUCCCAGGUACCAGGACAAAUUUCUGGGUCGCCAUGCCGACCUGGGAUUUGUCGAGCCCUGGCUUACUGGUAUUCUCAGACCUCCAUAUGGCAGUUUAUCUCAGCUUAAUACUGUCAAUUUUAUUGUUUAUCAUGUGAAAUAUUGGGAAUUCAAAGUGAACGUCAAAUUUAGGCCAAACUUGUUGAAUUGGAAAUGCCUCAUGCAGUCAACUACGUUUUCAGUUCAGGUAUUUUGGCGUAAAACUUGAAAUUCAGUCAUUUUGGUCAUUAGCAGGAGCAGUUGACCUGACUCAUACUAUCUUGCAGUGUAAUUAGUAAACUUGGAUAGAAACCUACUGUUUAUUUAUUACUGGAAUUUAUAAAGAGACAAUAUAUUCUGCAGCACUGUACUAUGGCGGGGGAGCAGAACAUUGUACACAGACCAAUACAAAAGGUAAAGCGGGCCCUUCCUGUGAACAGAGUUCUAGCCAUUGAAGCUCUUUUAUACAAAGUUCCUAAUAACAUAGCCUGGGAGCUUACAAAAGAUAUAAUGGGGAUUUGAGACAAAUGAUGGUCUGAUAAAAUUAAAGGAAAUUUAAGAUAAGCAUGCUAUGCUAUAAAUUUAGAAGGAACCUGGGUGGAUAGUGCUCAGAGAAAAUAAAUAGAUUUUAUCCAGAUAAGUCUAGAAUUUAUUUAAAUUCCUUGAUAGGAUUAUCCAUAACUCACCUUUGCUAAGUGUCAAUUCCAUAUAUCAUGUUAAUUAAUUAGUCUUAUUCCCUUCUAGUUCUGACUUUUCAACUUUUUCUUUCUGAAUUUCCAAUAUAGUUGGGUGGCUUUACGAUCUCAGAGCACAGAAGUAUCUGCACCAGCGUCUGGUGAAGGAGCCUCGUUCCUGCAGGUAAACCAUGAGUUUAUCUCUUUUUUUAAAUAAACUGUACUAAAUAUAAACAAAAAAAAACUGAUUUGCAAAAUGUCAAAAAUAUCGGAUUUGGGAGAUAUUACCAACUUGAUAUAGUCAUACCUUGGACACGUUAGUCUGAAUUUUGAAAUGUGCUUUCAUUUUACUUUUUUAGUGAAUAAACCAUCUAGGUUAUUCUACACUUUAGUAUUACAAACCUUGCUCCAUAACAAUGUCUUACACAAAAAUGUGGAAAAAGUCUUUACAUUUAAAAAUUAUUUUGUUUUUUGUUUUUUGGAAUUUGUUGCUAAAACUAAAACAAAACAAUAGAUAGUGCUUUCUCAUUUCAGCUAAAGGAUCACAGGUUUCUCCUUGAUUAGCGAUGGCAGAGGUGUAAAAUAGAUCUAAACGUGAAAAAUGGCCAGGCUGUUUUAUAAAAACAACCACAGUUUCUUUAAUUCUAUCUUAUGUUUUGACAUCAGGAAAAUCUGGCAGCCACAGACUGGUGUGAUGAUGCAGAUAAUUGGGGAGUAGAUGACAACCCUGUAGAGAAAUGUCCUGUCCCAACCACGGUAUCAAACUCAAAACAUUGCCCUGUGAUGCCCCAAGAAGCAGACUGUACUUCACAGCUCCAGAACCUCUCCUUAUCAGAGAGGUUGGGCAAAAAACAUCAUGAGGACUCUGUGUUUUGCUCUCACUACAUUGCAGUAGCAGAUGAAGAAGAGUGUGCCUCUGACUUGGAUUUAAAACAUGCUCAGCACCUCCUUCGGGAAUAUGAGAAAAGAGAAGGUCUUCCUCAGGAAGAGCAGGAGAGGUGAGAAUUCUGAAUCCUCCUGUUACCAUACUAAGUACAUACUUAAAGGGACACUAUAGUCACCAGAACAACUACAGCUUAUUGAAUUUGUUCUGGUGAGUAGAAUCAUUACCUUCAGGCUUUUUGCUGUAAAUACUGUCUUUCCAGAGAAAAUGCAGUGUUUACAUUACAGCCUAGUGAUAACUUCCCUGGCCACUCCUCAGAUAGCUGGUAGAGAUCCUUCCUGGUUCAUGGCUGCCUAAAAUGCAUCCAUACAUUCAGUAUCUCCUCCCUCUGCAUGCAGACAAUGAACUUUCCUCAUAGAGAUUCAUUGAUUCAAUUCAUCUCUAUGAGGAGAUGCUGAAUGGCCAGGGUUGUGUUUGAAUUGUGCUGGCUCUGCCCCUGAUCUGCCUCUUUGUCAGUCUUAGCCGUUCCUAUGGGGAAGCAUUGUGAUUGGAUCAGGCCACCACUUCUUAUGAUGGUAGUUGGCAGUUCUAAAUGAAACAGGGACAAAGUAAGCUGCUGCAUACUUGUAUACAAGUAAGAUUUUACUAUAUUUAGGGAGGCAUGAGGGGCUCAGGGUGGCUAGAUGGUGGUUUUAGCCCUAUAGGGUCAGGAAUACAUGUGUGUUCCUGACCCUAUAGUGCUCCUUUAAGGGUACAGAUGAUACCCAAGCAUGUCUCACAUGCCAAGGUAUUUUGUAAGUCUUCUUUUCCCUGAAGGGUAAUGCCUUCUCUGUUUAUAGAGGCAAAGCUACUCAUAUGCCAUCCUCUUACAAAAACUAGGAAAGAGAAUAACAACUUCAGAAUAUUCUUUCGAAUGAGGUGCCCCUGACAUUUCCACAAUUAAAAAUUCAUGUCCAAGUGGUGGGAAAGAGUCCGACAUUAAUCUUCCUUUUUACCUUGUUUCCUCUGGUGAACCCUGGUUUCAAUAGUAGGUUUGUUCAUGGUACAUAUUACUAUGUUUAGCAUUACAAAAAUUCUAACUAAUUAUGUGGUUUUUUUUAUUACACUCUCACAGCUGUACAGGAAAAGGAGAGAGUGAAAAAUAUGAGAAACAUAACUUGCGGAGUCAGGACAUUGUAUUCUACAAGUUCAUGAAGAAGAUUGCCUCUUGCAGACAACAAAUUAUCAGGUCAUUUACAAUUUUUGCUGUAACAUUUCUGUACAGAGUGCUUGUUCCACUAUGUAAAAUGCAAGUGUUUGGGAUAAAAAAUAAAUAAAAUUAAGUAUCACUUACAGGGAUACAUUGUGCUAGAAAAAGUAUAUAUGUAAAUGGUGUUCUUAUUUUCCACUGUUUCAUGCUAUACUGGUGUUUCACGGUUAUAAAUAAAAAUAUGGUACGGCAGAGAUCAGUAAGUGCAGCCUCCCAUCCUCAAAGAAUGCCACAUACCAUAAUGUUUAACAGUCUGGGAUGUUUCAUGCCUAAUUCAGGGAGCUGCAGGCGCACCUUGUCUCCAUAUUCAUUCCAUUAGCCAUCUUGGUAGUAGAAGCAACCCCCUGGUAAAUAUACAUGUAGUCUGUAUGUAUGCCAAGACCAUGUAUACAUUAAAUAUUUACUUACUUGAACGUAACCUGCUUUCCACACUUUUUUACCUUUUUUAUAUUUUUGCUUAAAGGGACACUGUAGUCACCAGAACCCCUUACACAUAAGCCAAGGCUUAAUGCUAGGAGAGAUAAUCUGAGAAGCCAACAUAUAAUUAAAUUAUCUCUCAGGUACAAAAAAAAUACAAUUUACAAACAUCCCAAAAGUACCCCCCAAAUCCAUAGAAACCCCACAAAAGUUACAUUCUCGGAUAUCCCCGAUAUGGGUGACCAACAUACCAAAAAUCACCCAGAUUGAUUCAGGGGUUCGGGUUUUUCAUGGAAGUCAUUUAAUUGACCGACCACACACAUGGUGCUAUGCUCAAAACAAUUCCAUGAAAUCUGUGCGAACAGUCUGUCUCUUUCGGGAGUAUAAAAGCCGCAUAAAAUACCAAACAUAACAUAUAAUUACAGCAUAUAGCUUGUUCACCUCAUUCGUGGAAAUGAUUCCACCGAACAGUGCCCCUCCAGGUUGUAUAGAACCGAACGCAGGUGAUUUAUGUAAGUUCAGCGGUGUUUGGGAGUUUGUGUCCGUUUUUAGUUCCAUGAGCUUGACGCCCAAACACCGCUGUCUGCGUUUGUGGGGAACAAGUAGAACACUGUGGUAAGAAUCGGUAUGCGCCGAUAAGGUUUACCCAGCUCCCGGGUGGUCCAUAGUUCGUGCGUCUGUUCGGUUCCUGAACAGCAUGGAGAAAUGGUACAAACUGUUUUUUAUGAGCCUUUUCGCAUAGACCAUAGUCUUGAUGCAGGAGGCUGGCAAGCAGGCUCCUCCAGGAGCCCGGGGCGAGGUUACUGUCGCCACAACUGCUUUUUCACUCAUCAGAUGGCAACUGGAGAUGAGGAGGUGCUGAUUGGCCAAAACUGUUUGGCCCCACCCAUUGUCGAUUUUAGCCAGCUUAAUGCUUUCCCUAUGGGAAAGCAUUGGAUUGGCUAAAAAUGGGCACUUCUGAUGAUGUCCGCAAGGGGGCGGUGCUAGACGGACCUGCGCGGCGCUGGCAAUAAGGUGAAUUUUAAUAGCUUUUAAGGGGACAUGCCACCUUAAUGGUGGGUUUAACACUAUAGGGUCAGGAAUACAUGUUUGUGUUCCUGACCCUAUAGUGAUCCUUUUUAAGUAAUUUUUUUUUCUUCAUUAGUAAAACUAUUCUUACUAAAGAGUAGGGAUUAAAGAAUGCGGUUCAACAAUGGAAAUCAAAUUUAAAGGUCGUCAAAAGACCGAUAUAUCGAAUGUUGCUUGCUGAAGUACUUUUUAAGGGCAUAUUCCCUUUGUCUUAUUUUAUAAAAGUACUGAUAUCAAGAGAAAUUGGCACAUUAAUAACUUCCCUGAGGGGGAGAGUUGCCUUCAGUACUUGCUUUGUCAAAGCAGAAGUGAAGUCUUCUCAUAUAGCGGCAUUAGUUUUAUUUCUUGCGGAUUGACAUGCAAGUGCCCUCUAUCCCAAAGCUUGUCUAUGAGAAGCAUUGGAUUUGCCAGGAGAUUAUCCCCAUGGUUGGGGUUUAAAGGUAAGUAACAGAAAAGGAAUGUUCUAAUGUUACAAAAAUUGAAGAUUCUGAUCACCGGGGAUAGACAGAUAAAAAAACAAAAACAAAAACCUUUUUAAUUUUUUUUAAAACAUAGGUAAUAUGUGGCUUCUUUCAUUGCCUAGAUAUGUUGACAUAAACCAGGGCUGGACAAAAGGUAGAACCCCAGUUGUAGAAAUACAAAUGCCACAGUACUCUGCCAGCCUUUAGAACUUAUUGGGAUCUAAAUUGCCAAAGUGUGUCCAGUCAUAGUUGAGAUUUCAGAUAGUCUUCCAUUGCCUGGACUGUGGUCUCAUUUUGAUCACUGAAUGAAGACCCAGACUGUUACUAUUUCACAUUAAACAAUUAAUACUUUGUAUCUACUUUUUCUUCCUAUAAUAAAGCAUGUAUCAAGGCUGGUUACAUUUCAUGGAAGAUCUAUAUUUUUACUUUAUAGUUCUAUGUAACUCUUGUGUAUCCUUACAGGUAUUCAUGGAACGGAACCCCUUUGUUUAUAAGCCCCACAGAAUAUGGCUUCAAGCCCCCUCCAUGUACACGGUGUGGGGGGCGUAGAGUAUUUGAGUUCCAGCUGAUGCCAGCUCUAGUCAGUAUGCUGCAAAGUGUUAAUCCAGGUAAGACUUUAUCACCUGGUUACAUUCCACCUGAGGUCUGUUCAUAAUCAACCAUUAGCCCUGUACCAUUCUCUAAUUGUAGCGGAAACGUAAAAUGUAGAUAGGGACAAUUUAGAACCAACAUAAAUUAAAUUAGGCCCAUUGAUGAUAAUUCAGGCCUCGAUUUAAUAUUUUGGAUAAGCUUUUUAUAUGAUCCCAAUCUAUUAGGAAAAACUUUUCAAAUAAUUUAUUUACAAGAAUUCCUAUAGACAUUAAAGGAACACUAUAGCAAUGUGUAUUCCUAACAGUAUAGUGCCUUGUCCCUGGCCUCCCCUUAUAUGGAGGUGACAUGCAUUUUUACUACUUUUCUCCCUCUCAGUGCUGAUGUCUGGCAUUCCACUCCACCUAUUUGGAAAGCAUCGGGAGCCUAGGGCACACGCUUGGCAGAAUGCUGUGCUGCGCCAAUAUGACACAAAUAGCCAAGUUUUACUCUAUUUGGGAGGAAGCGCCUCUAACGGCUAUCAGAGUGACAGCCACUAGAGCCAUUUAUCACCUGCUAUGUUCCUGUAGAACAGCAACGUUUUACACUGCAGUGUUAAAAUUAGGUGGGUAUGGCACCGAGAUCACUUAAAUAAGAUUAAGUGGUCUGGAUGCCCAUAGUGUCCCUGUAAUGGUGAUAUCUGUAGAUUAUUCAUUUGAAAAGAUUAUCUAGAAAAAUGAAAGGGACACUAGUCACCAAAACCACUUUUGCUUAAUUAGGCAGUUUGUUUAUAGAUCAUUGCAUAUGAAGUUUCAUUGCUCAAUUUUCUAUUAAAGAGUUAAAUCACUUUUAUUUCUGUAUUGCAGGGACACCAUAAUCCCCAUAGCAACGUAAACUUAAUCAAGUUGUUUUGAUCUAUAGAUUAUGCCCCUGCAGUGUAACUGCAUAAUUCACUGCCAUUUAGGAGAUAUAGGGACACUCAAAUACAAAAUAAAUUAAAAAAAUCAAGGUUUAGUAGAUAUACCAGGAAUUAAAACUUGCCUGCAUUUAAUUAUACAUUUUCUUCUUUGGGGUAGAUCUAAAACUACUUUCAAAACCUGCAGUUCUCUUAGCUGCUGCGUUUGCAAGCCCUCUCUGUCUAACCCAGCUCAGACUUUGUGUGGCUAUCCAAUCACACACUUCCUAAUGCAGCUCAAUAAGAAGUCUUUGCAAGGCAGGUGCUCUGAGCAAUUGCUGCCAGGGUGUGUAAUUUAUAAAUUGUCAUUUUCUAUUGAAAUAUGCACUUUUUGGAAAAUGAAAAAAUAGGACACACUCCUCAGCAAGCUAUAGGCGUCUAAAGUGUACCUUUAAAUCACUUUCUCUAUGUAGCCCUAGCCACAUCUCCCCUGCAUGUGACUUACAAAUCCUCCAUACAUAUUUCCUGUAAAGAGACAUCUAAUGUUUAAAUGUUUUAAUUGCACAGUCUGUUACAUUUAAAAUGCCUUAUCUCCUACUUUGUUAAUAGCCUGUUAGUCUGCAGAAGCCUCCUCUAUGUGAUUAAAGUUCUAUUAACAGCGCAUGAGAUAAAAACUUCUAAAAGGAAACACACUGUGCUGUCACAUCUGAUUCCAAACUUUUCCAUCUAGGUUCUGUGACUCAAAGCCAGGAGAACUGUGGCUAUGGUUACAGAAAUAGAAGUAAUUUAACUCCUAAUUGGCAGUUGGAUUGUAUGGUAAUGAUGUAGACUAAAACUGCUUAAUUAAGCUAAAAUUGUAUUGGUGCUUAGAGUAUUUAUUUAUUGGAAACCUAAAUUUCUCAUUGAACCUGAUCUAUGUAAGUGUCUGGAGCACCACUUUAAGUUAUAAACGUAUAUUAAACUCCCAUUGGUAUCACUUAAGUGAUGUUUAUGUUGGCAUGAACCCUCACACUGGUUUAUCGGAGGCCAAGCUAUGCCUGUGAUCAUGCAUUGUUCAAGGUUGUAGGAUACAUCUACAUAUUUUCCUUUUAGAUUUGAUCCUGGAGUUUGGGACAGUUAUAGUGUUCAGCUGUGAGAGGAGCUGUUGGACAACAGAUGACAGGAGCCCAGUGCAGGAAUACUGCUUUGUGCAGGAAGAUCCGGAUCAGCAGUACUUUAAGUAGAAAUGGGAUGGACCCGAUGCAUCGAACAAGCACUGUAUCACAUAUGUGGAAGAUUUAUGUAACUGGAAAAUGUGCUAGAAGCCAAAACAAUAUGGAGCCCAUCUUAAAGAGCCCACAGUAUAUGAAUCAGGAUAUGUGCGGACCUAAUUUACAGAAAUAUUUAGAUUUGCUCAGAAGUUGAGUGUAUAAAAUUUGAGACAGGUGAAAUCAUCAAUUUGUAGUUUUCACCUUUUAACUCUCCAAACAAGCCAAUACACCACAUGGCCUUUUUUCCGAUCUCUGUGCUUGACACCUUUUCAAUGCCAGAACGUGCUACAAUACAUUUUCGAUACCACUGGAUCAUGUAGGACUUUUGGACAAAGUUUUGGCAAUUUUCCUGCUGCUAUAUGAAUUAAAUUACCUUUGGUGGAUUAUUUCCGUCACACUCUAUUUGCAAUCUGUGUAUAAUGUAUUUAUUAAUAUGAGCUAAAGGUACAAUUGAAUUUUUAACCCCUUAAGGACCGCAGACGUACUAGGUUAGUCAGUCAAAAACGGUCCUUAAGGAACAAAUAGAUUACUUUCCUGAUUGCCGCCAUUUCCCCGGCCGGCGAUCGGUGUUACUCUCGGUCUGGGAGGACUGUCAGACAGUCCCCCCUCGGCAAAUUAGGUGCCCCACUGGCCAUGUGAUCACUCUGAAAAAGCGAUCACGCGGCCGCAAUAGGCGUCCAUAGUGCUGCCUGAACUGACAGGCAGUCUCCCUGCAUCUGUAAAAUAAUAAAAAAUGUUUAGUAAAUAAAAUGUGUGUGUGUAUAUAUGUGUGUAUGUAUAUAGUCAUAGUAAGUGUGUGUGUGUAUAUAUAUCUCUAAAUAUAAAUAAAUUACAAAAUAUAUAUAUCCAUAAACAUAAUUACAUAAAUAAUUUCAUAAAUAUACACGUAGACUUCAAAUAUAUAAAAAUGCGUAUAUGUAUUUAAAUUCUACGUGCAUAUUUAAGUAAUAUUUUUACAUAAGUAUUUUUAUUGAUUGCAAUUUGAAGGACCUGCCUGACAACCCAGGCCGAACGUCCAGAGAAUUUAAUUUGUUUUAAAUAUUUUUAUUGUUUCUUAGGUAAAGCAGUUACCCCACGCAGGGGAGGUAAGCGAACUAUAAUAAACAUACUUCAUAAGCAUAUGCCACUAAGUGCAUUAUAUAUCAAAUUAGAACAGUCAAUGCUUAGUAAGGUGAAAAGUUUAAAGUAUUUGAACAUAAGUAACAUACCAAAGGUUAGGCAGAUGACAUAUUGCACAUCGGUUCCGACAUUAGUAAUGAUAAGCCAUUCUCAGUAUACUAUUGUUCAGUCGGCAUAUGUUAGCAGUUAAAGUUUGAGCUAAAUCUGAACUGAAGUAUAUGCACUGUUGUCUACACUAAAUUAUAACGGGUCAGGCUGAACUAAGUUAAAUAACGUUUUAUGUCCAUUCUUGACUUAGUAUUACUAGGCAAUGUGCAGCAACCCAGUAGUAAGUCCACACAUGUUGGCAGCGAUGAGCAGGCAAUUGCUCUCUUAUGAGUAGUAUUCAUCCUAUAAUGCGUCGAUCUGAUGUAAACUGUAGCUAAUCAUGUAAUAGAAUGUAUAAACAAGCCAAUGCGGUUUUAAGAGAAGCGACCAUCCUAUAAUGUGCAAACUGGUGUAGGCCUUAGCUAAUGAUGCAAUACCGGUAAAGGAAUAUAUAGACAAACACAUUAUAUAAAAUGCAAUAACAAAGUGGUAAAUCGCGCCACAGGAUAGUAGAGGAUAAUUAAACAAAAAUGUACAUACAUACAAGUUAUCCCAGUAUUGAGGUAGUAAAUAUAAACCUUAAAAGGAUAAAAAUAGAAAUAAUAGUGCAAUAUGCCAGUGUAAAAUAAUACAAUAGUGAAAUAUUAAUAAGAACCAGUAGAAGGACCAACUCACACUUUUCAGAGCUGCUAAGAGCUCUGCUGAAUAGCGCCUGGACGGUAUGAUCCCCUUCUAAGGAUAUGGUGAUAUCUGGUUUCCAAGGCUCCACAGACGUGUAUAGAAUAGAAGCACAAAUAAAAUCCAAUAGUGUAAUAUGUAUAAGAGUAUUAAAUAAAAAACAAAGGGUAAAUACCCUACUUACAAUUUCCAGAGCACUAAACUUGCUCUGGUGGUGAACGCUUGUGGUGGUAUGAUCCCCACCAAGGGAUAUAAGCAGGAUCCAAGGUGCACAGGAAUAAGAGGUAGAUCAAAGCUGGAAACAAACUACAACUUUAUUAUUAAAAUAAAAAAAUCUUGAAUAUAAAAUCUACAAUAAAAAUUCAAAGUUCAAAGUCCAGACUUCUUGAUCCACUUUACGCGUUUCGCCCAAAUGGGGGCUUCUAUAGAUAAUUGGGAAUGUCAGUUCAGUCCUUAUAUAGGGUGUCAAUUUCAUAAUCCCGGUAUGUGCACUCUUCCUGCUUCCGGCCGGUCGCGUGCGCCAAUCGGAAGUGAUGUAACGCGACCUGCAGGGGCUGAUGGGACGUGUAGUCCUAAUGCUGUGCGUAGUUCCGGUAGUCGCGUGCGUCGCCCGGAAAUGACGUCACGCGACUAGCGGUGCAUUCUGGGGAGAGUAGUUUAUACACCAUCCUCAAAACAAGGGAAAAUUAAGAACGGUUAUACAUAUAUACUAACUGUGAAAAGCUGUCAGUUCUUAAUGUAUUUUAAUGACAGCCUAUGUGGCAAAGCUUAUUGGUUCAGCAUACAGUAAUUACAUUGUAUAAUUAACAAGAUUUUAUAAAUAUAUAACAAUUAAAGGGCCAGUAUAUUUAGCUAUAGAGACAUACAUUAGACUCUAUAUAGAAUAAAGGAACACCAAUAUUGUUAAAAAAAUACAUGUGCAAAGAAAAUCUUUAUAUAGUAACAACAUAAAAGAGGUGUAUGGUAUCGCUAAAAGUUGAAUGUAAAGAAAUCAUUCAUAUAAAAAAAGGAAAAGUAUAAAAGUAUAUAAAACAAUAUAUAUAAAAAAUAUAUAAAAAAUAAAAAUACAUGUUAAAAGAAUUUUACAAAAAAUUAAAAAGGUCAAAUUCAGCAUUGAGUCCAUUGGGUUGUAGUGUAUCUAAAAAAUACACCCACUCCAUCUCUUUUUUUUUUACCCAAUUUAUUAACCAUAUCACCACCUCUCCAAUGUUGGGAUACUUUUGUGAUGCCAAUAAAUUUAAGUAGGCGUGGGUCAUUAUUGUGGAGUGCAAAGUGUGUAUCUAAAAAAUACACCCACUCCAUCUAUAUAAAAUGCACAAGGGCUCCCACAAUAUCGAGAAGUGACAUGCCUAGCCCAUUCAAAGAAUUUAAUUUGCUAGCACUGUAUUUAACCCUGUAACUUUCCAUGACACCCUAAAACCUGUACAUAGGGAGUACGGUUUUACUCAGGAGACUUUGCUGAACACAAAUAUUAGUGUUUCAAAACAGUAAAACAUAUCACAGCGAUGAUAUUGUCUGUGAAAGUGACUUUUUUUUGCAUUUUUCACACACAAUCGGCACUUUCACUCAUGAUAUUGUUGUGAUACGUUUUGAAACACUAAUAUGUGUUCAGCGAAGUCUCCUGAGUAUAACAGUACCCCCAUGUACAGGUUUUUAUCGUGUUUUUCAAAGUUACAGGGUCAAAUUAUAAGUCUUGAUUCUCCGUUUUUUCACAUUGAAAUUUGCCAGAUUGGUUAUGUUGCCUUUGAGAGCGUAUGGUAGCCCAGGAAUGAGAAUUACCCCCAUGAUGGAAUACCAUUUGCAAAAGAAGACAACCCAAAGUAUUGCAAAUGUAGUAUGUUUAGUGUUUUUUUUAGUAGCCACUUAGUCACAAACACUGGCCAAAGUUAGCGUUCAUAAUUGUUUUUUGCAUUUUUAACAAACAAAUAUAAAUGCUAACUUUAGCCAGUGUUUGUGACUAAGUCGCUACUAAAAAAGACUGGACAUACCCAAUAUUGAAUACCCUAGGUUGUUUACUUAAAAUAAAUAAAAAUAAAAAAAUAUGUACAUGUGAGGUGUGAUUCAGAGAUUUAUGACAGAGAACAGUGAUACAAUGUCACUAUUGAUACAUUUUAAAAAUAUAUAUUUUGAAACAGCCCUACUUGUACUUAUAGUCCUAUAACUUCCGCCCCCCAGAAAAGUGUAAAAGCUCUUGUGUGUUUGAAAUGUCCUGAUGAUUUACCAACAGUCCUGUAACAGCUAAAUAAGUUUGUAAUUGGUGGCAUGGCACAGACAGGUUCACAAAGAGUUAAUAAAGUUUUCGUUUGUGACCAAAUCAGAUGGCUCCGUCUUACUCAGCCCUAUAAACGGUGACAGGAAAAGGCUGUUUGUUUUGGCCCUGCAGCCAAGGUGAGGAUGUUAAACACCCACAUGUACAGUAUGUAGAAAGUUCAAUUAAAGAGACUGUUCAGGCCCCAUAAUAACCUGUAAUCCUUACCUGGGGAAUUAGUCUAGCUUUUGACCGUAUUUGGACAGCUGAAUGGGCAAGCUGUGUAGGUAGGUGUUGCAGAAAAUAGGGUGCCAGAGAUUUACCAAAAAUAUAGAAAAUGACAGGGAAACAAAAAAAUAAGAAUGCAGGAACCGCUUCAUGGUACUAUACCCACUAUUAAAAUGUUAGUGUUUCUUAAAAUCUGGUUUAUGGGUAGAAUUUAAUUUGUUUUUUAGUCCUGUUCUGUGAGCUUAUCUGGCUUACACAUUCUAGUUAAGCUGUUGUUGCUUCAAGCCACUUUUAUUUCAGCAUAUCAGCUAUCUCAGCUGAACAGGAGCCACUAUUUGAGAACUGCAGUACAUGCCACUCUUCUGCUGCUAGUUUUAUACAUCUGUCAGGGAUGAGGUGUGGGUAAGAUUGCCGGAAGCCCCUUUUGCGCAAGCACCAUGUAUACCAGAAGGAUAAUGCUACUUACACUUACUUUGGUUAACCAGUUUACUGCCCCUCUGCAUUGGACAGUAUAAUUUAUAUAUACAGCAAACAUGUAUUCCUAACGCUAUAGUGUUUUCCUCACCAUUAUUGGGACCCCCUCCCUUGCAUGGGUUAUAAAACACACACACAAAAAAAAAAGCUUAUCUCACCUUAAAACUGUGGCGUGCUGGCCUCUGUGCUACCCCCGCCCACCCCCCCAUACUUGCCUGAGAUGAUCAAUUCUGUUUAUCAUUGCCAAUCCAAUGCUUCCCAAUGGAAGCAUGGGGAGGGUAGUGUGCAUGCGCAUCAAUCAGCAUCUCCUCAUAAAGAUAAGUUGAAUCCGUGCAUCUCUAUGGGGAGCAUCUCCAUGCAGCAUGUGGAAAUGCUUAACAUAGGUCAUAAGUAAAAGACCAAGGAUUAGCGCCAACACAACCCACAAAGGGCCGCACACCUAAAGGGAUUCGGUUCCCUCUCAAAGCAUACAGAGUUAUGGUAACAAAGAAAAAAAGCUGUAAAGAACAUAGAUUUUAGGCGCAAACUUCUUCCUAGCUUUCUCUUUGUUACCAUAAAAUAGAUUAUGCAGAGAAGACACCAGGAAGUCCCUUUAGUGGCUGUCCAAGUGAAAGCCACUGGAGGUGGACGUAGGCAGCAGUUUAAACACCAUAUUUUAUUUGAGACUCCUGGCUCCAUAACCACUCUACCAAGGUGUAGUUAUUAUGGUGCAUGGAGUGUGCCUUAAUUUAUUAAAUUCAUCUAUUCGACGAAUAAGGCCCAAACCGUUAAAGCUUUCCAGGCCUUGAAAAAAAGAAAACAAUUAUAAUUUAAACCUCUGAAGUCAAUCUAUAGUUCAUGCCCUUGCAAUCUCAGUUCUCUGCCACUUAGGAGUUAAAUCACUUUUAUUUCUGUUUAUGCUGCUAUAGCCACACAACCCCCCCACAGCGGUGACUCACGCAGCCUAUAUUUUCAAUCAGAUCUGAGAACACAGUGUGUUUACUUAUAGAAGUAUUUUUCCAGGGCACAACACUGCCUCUGCCGGCCUGCCCUCUUCCCAUAGUGGAUCCUGCUGCACUUUCUUCCCCAGAUAUACAACACCCUCCCAUUCCUGGUUGGAAUAUCGUCACCGGAGGACGAUUGACGUUGAUGCAGGUAAAUUUUAUGUUUUUGUUUUGAGGGGGGCAAUGACAGUUAGGGCUACUCUAACCAAAAAAAAAUGUGUUUUAUAAACCCUUUAAUUAAAGGAAAACAUGGUAAAAUCUAAAUCCAAAAAGUGAAGACAACACAUUUUAAUGUAAGUUUAUUAAAAUAAUAUAAUACAAUAAAUGAAUAUAAAGGACCAGAACUAUAAUUACAUAUAGGAAAAUAGGGUUCUAAAAGAAGAAAUUAAACAAAGACUUGCUGUUUACCCAUUAUAAACUGUGGAGGCCUGUGAUUGGCUGGCAGUGGCAUUUGGAAUGCUUGGCAUAUCUCUAUAGUUACAUGCUGGUUUUGUCAGUUGGCAAACUGUUUUUGAAGACGAUCGAAUGAGAGACGAAGAACCCCCAGAUUUUAACAUUUUCAUCAUUUGCUUAUUGGAUUACAGUAACAUCAACAGAGCUCGAAUGUGGGAUCUUUACAUGUUCGAGAGCCAGUGAAAAAAGCUAUUGCUCUGAAUGUUCCCUGCUCCUGGUUCUGACAGUUACGAUGUAACAAUUUACUAAAUACACUGCCAAUUGAUCCUAUUCUUCUAUUGUAACAAGAGUUACUUUUACUUCAAAUCUGUGUCUCCACUUGGAGCCAACUGACACCAGCCAUUCACCAACUGCCACUCACAGCACUACAAUGGCUCCCGGCAGGCUCCACAAUUAGACUAUAUAAACUAAAGCAGUACGUCCUGUCUUCCUUACAGACUGCUUACCUAACACUGCUACACAAUAUACUUACCCAAAUAAUACCCAGUCAGCUGUUGGUCUAUACCACGCACAGUAACAGAAGGUAAGCUGGAUCUGAUGAAUUCUAGACUUGCAGGGUUGUUCACUAAAUUCAGAAUUCAAAGUGAAUUUCAAAUUUAAGGUUAAAGGACCACUAUAGUCACCCAGACCACUUCAGCUCAAUGAAGUGGUCUGGGUGCCAGGUCCAUCUAGGGUUAACCCUGCCUGCUGUAAACCUACAUAUGGGUUAAUCCAGCCUCUAGUAGCUGUCUCAUUGACAGCCUCUAGAGGCGUUUCCGCGCUCCUCACUGUGAUUUUCACGGCGAGAAGACGUCAGCGUCCAUGGGAAAGCAUUGAGAAUGCUUUCCUAUGGACUGGCUGAAUGUGUACGCCGCGCAUGCGCAUUCAGCCGAUGACGGCCAAAAGAGGAGGAGAGUCCCCAGCGCCGAGGGAGCCCGGCGCUGGAGAAAGGUGAGUGUUUAACUCCCUUCCUACUCCUUCAGCUGGCGGGACUGGGACCCUGAGGGUGGGGGCACCCUCAGGGCACUAUAGUGCCAGGAAAAAGGAGUUUGUUUUCCUGGCACUAUAGUGGUUCUUUAAGGUUAAAAUAGCCAAACUGGAAGCAUCUUCUAUGCCAGGUAUUCUUUCAGUUCCUACUCUGGCCUUAAAUGUGAUAAUCACUUUGAAUUCUCACAAAAACCCAGUAAAUUAAAUGGAUGUUCACCUAGCGCCGUGUAUAACAAAUGUGAUGACUCCCUAUGGGAGACUACUCCCAUAAUCCUUAGACAGCCCAAGAGGUGCAUGCAUUGUGAUUAAAGGCCCACAAAUGGAGAAUGUCUUGUCACAUUAUGCAAGAGUUUGCUCAUUUUGCGCUGUAGGACAUUACAUUGUGUAAUGAAAAACGUUUGUAAUCCUUAUCUCCCCAUUAAAAACCAGACAGAUGGUGUAAUGUGUACGUGUCUGCAAUGUACAAUGUAUAAUCAUUUAUAGAGUAAACUGUAUAACUCCGUUUCAGUUCACUAACAUUUUCUUUAGUGAAUAAACCGGUUUCUUAUUGUUAAUAUGAUCCUGUCUGGUUUUCCCUCCCUCCAGUGAUGGCUGCACUAUGUUUCACAACUGUUUUUAUUUAUUUUCUUUUUUUAUUUAAAAGGAUCCUGGAUCCAGAAGAUGA